AUUUCAUAUUCAAAAUUUUAAUUUGCACGAUAAUACGAUUUCCUCUUAUCUGGAAUUAAUCUCUUUAAUAUUUCCCAUUUUUACAAAAAAAAAAACGUAUUUAACACACAACGGAACGAGCGGAACGAAACACGCGAGCGAGGGGCUCAUUACAUGUUCUAGGACGUGUAAUAACCGCUUCUGCUCUAUCUAUCCGUGGCGAAGUAACGUUGGAAAGGCAGCGGAGGCUCGAGAACAGGUGUGCGUGCGCGUUGCGUGCUCAGGUGAGAUCAGCGGGCCCCGAUGCUGUUGCCGGUCACGGCUGGCCGGCCGGAGUUCCGGGGCCCAUUUCCGGACAGCACCGGUACGGUCUCCUUUUCAGCCGGGAAGAAGUAUCAGUUGUUCGCAUAUACAGUUAGCCGUCGUACACACAUCAUAUACACGAAGAAACGAAGAGUAUAUCCUUGCUCCUUCGCGCGUGUCCCCCGCGAGGUAGUGGCGGCGUUUAAAUGGACCCCGAUCGCUAAUGUCCGCGAUAGCCAGAACAAUGGAUUUUCCGAGGCGGGAUGACAGGAGCUACUGCAGUGAUGAUUCCGGCGGCGAAGUCUUCAGAAACAUCCCGAAGAACAGUAGCAUUUUUCGCAUCUGGAAGAUCGAAGGUCUGCGCGCAACAGCUGUAACCAGCAGCAACAUGGGGCUUUUUCUCUCCGAAUCGGCAUAUAUCGUCUAUGCUGUAUCAGCGAAGGACGGCGCUCUUCCUUACCCAAGCAUGCCGAUCAAGGACCUGAAGGAUACCUCGGUGGUGCGUGCCAUCCACUUCUGGAUUGGUAUCAACUGCGACUCAACAGUGUCCGGCGCCGCGGCACUUCGUGCCGCCGAGCUUGAUUCGCAGACCUCGGCGAUGAUCCUAAUGCGGGAAGUGCAAGGUCGCGAGAGCCCCCGCUUCCUCGCUUACUUCCGGCAACGAUUGAUCAUCGAGAACUUGCACUUCGACGAUACGCCCAUUUGUACACUUCAUCGAGUCUCCGGUGUGGCCGUGCCGAUUUUAACGGAGCUGACGAGAGUUGGCUGGGAGCAGUUUAGUUGUCGCGAUGUCAUCCUAGUGGAUAUUCAUGCAAAAGGUAUCAUCUUCCUGUGGCUAGGAUCCCUAUCAGAUCCACUGCAUAAACGUCAUGCUGCUAGUCUCUUAGAAUCUCGAAAGGAGAAUAAUAACGGCCGUGUAGUGGUAGUCGAAGAUGGCUACGAGCAAACGUUGCCCGAAGACGAUAAGCAGCUCUUUAGCAAUGUGCUGGAUCCCUCGAUGAGAGUAGUGGCGCCUGAUCGCCUGCACCGCAUUAACCCGCCGAGUCCCAUUAAGUUGUAUAAGUGCAGCGAGCAAUCGGGCAAGUACAAGGUCGCCGAAUUGAAGUCCGGACCGAUUCUUUGCAGCGAUCUAACUUCCAAUUCCGUGUAUCUGGUGGAUCGAGGCGAGGCAGGAGUUUGGGCCUGGGUGGGCCGCAACGUCAACGCCAGGGAGAGACUGGAAGCUGUUAGAAACGCGCGUGGUUUCGUCAAGAAGAAGAAUUACAGCGACGGCAUGCCAGUGGCCAGGGCGACAGAAGGUCACGAACCGGCGGAAAUGAAAGCGUUAUUGAGAGGCUGGGAACUUCCUAAGACUAGACCACUGACUUUGCCGGCGAGUUUCGAAUCCGAUUACAUGAAUGAAAGACCCAGAAUGGCGGCUGAGUGCCAACUAGUAGACGAUGGAUCUGGUGAGCGGACUUUGUGGAGAGUCGAACAGAAGGAGGGCAUGGUUCAGGUACAGGACGACAUGGGGAUCUAUUAUGCAGAAGCCUGCUACGUGAUGCUAUAUAAGUACGGACAAGGACGAAGAAGUCGAAAUAUUAUUUAUUGUUGGGAAGGUGUCCAUUCUAUCAAAGUAGAUCGCGAUGCAGCGUUGACGGCAGCUUGCCAUUUAUCCGAAGAGACAAACGCGCAAUUGAUGAAGGCAUCUCAAGGCAGAGAACCACCUCAUCUAUUACAGAUCUACGAUGGCAAGCUGAAAAUACUUGCUGGUCGUCACCGUGAUUCACCACCAAAGAAAUAUCUAGUUAGAGUAUUUGGUUCGACGUCAUACACUUCGAAGGCAGUGGAACGUCCAUUACGGGCAAGUAGUUUAGAUUCCAGCGCAGUAUUCAUCCUCUUCUCCGGCACGCCAAUCGUUUGGUGUGGCAGCAAAAGCACGGGUGACGCUCGACAGGCAUCGCGACGCCUCGCGCCUAGAAAUGCACCCCUCAUCGCUGAGGGUAAGGAGGAUGACGAUUUCUGGCUCGAGCUUGGAGGAAGAGGCACUUACGGCAUGGAAACUGAGGAAGUCGGUGAGGAAUUGGAUAAACAUCUCUUUCAAUGUCGCACCGAAAAUGGCCUUUUCGUAGGCGAGCAAGUUCUCGGAUUCCGACAAAACUCUCUGAUACCAGAAGCCAUCUGGUUGCUGGAUGCCGGUAACGUGAUCUGGGUGUGGAUAGGCAAAUUCUCUAUUCCAAAGACAUUGCAAGAAUGUGUCGAAGACGCUACUAUAUAUCUUUAUACACAUCCCGCAGGUCGAAAUCGCAAUACGACCAUCUCGAUAAUCAAACAAGGUUUAGAACCAGCCACCUUUAUCGGGCUGUUCGAAAACUGGAACCACAAUCUGCUAAGAGAUUACAAACCAUUUGAAGUUUUCUGCGCCCUACUAGAGGACAGAGAUCAAUCGACGAGAACACCGAUGGCUAAGGCCACCACGGACUUCGAUAAUUAUAUCAAGUAUCCACCGGCGACACUGAAGAGUGAGCCCGAAAACCUGCCAACUGGUGUCGAUGUCAGGCGCAAAGAGAUGCAUUUGACCUAUGAUAAUUUCAUCGCAAUUUUCAAGAUGGAACCCGCGGAAUUCGAGAAAUUACCAGCCUGGAAGAGACAACGGCUCAAGCAGGCCGCUGGACUUUUCUAAAGUUUAUAAAUCGUUUUCGCUCCUCAGGAAAUAUCCUAAAUUUAUAUUAAUCUUUCUUUUUCCUACAAAAUUUCCUACAAAUUUGCAGGCAAUUUUGACGAAUUAUU